AUGGCACCAUUGCUGGGGGACUGGAGUGCGUCCGCUGCUGGAUCUGAUUCACAAGCGGCUAGCCAGGGCAUUACUCAGAAAAGCAUCCUUUAUAUUGAUGCUUAUGACUCAUUCUCUUAUAAUGUGGUAGCUAUGCUUGAGGAGGUGCUCAAGGCCCAAGUGACGGUCAUGAUGAUUGACGCAGAAUGGCCGGAUGGCAACAUGGUCGAGUUUCUCCAGCAUUACGAUGCUGUUGUCCUGGGGCCUGGACCGGGAGAUCCGCAUGUUCCUACGGACGUUGGGGUUAUGGCGGAUAUAUGGAAUCUCUCCAGUGCGAACAUACUGCCCGUCCUGGGGAUUUGCCUAGGCUUUCAAAGUUUGUGUCUGCAUCAUGGCAUUUCUAUCGGGCGACUGCCGGAGCCUCUACACGGGCAGGUGCAUCGAAUCACCACGGCGCAGAGAGACAUCUUUGAACAAGUUCAAGACUUAGAAGUCACGCUGUAUCAUUCCUUCUAUGCCCAAUUAAAGGACGGAACACACUCGACUUUACCCGGAGAGACUUCCACGGUGGUAAUAACGCACGGUCUUGAUUUUCUGGCAUGGCUCUCUAUUCAACCAGAUGACACCUCGCUCACGGAAACCCAGAUUCCGAUGGCAGUACGUCACAUGGAGAAGCCCUUCUGGGGCGUGCAGUUUCACCCCGAGUCCUGUAAGUCAGACCGCACUGCCUGCGAUGAACUUCUUCGCAAAUGGUGGGAGAUGUCUCUGAACUAUAAUAAGAGACAUGGUCGGGGAGGCUACGGGCGUCUACCUGCCGAUAUUAUCCGACCACUAAGUGACGUGAAUUCGCUUUCCGAUGCCGCCUUCAGUAUGUUGAGCUGGAGUACAUCCUCUUCCAAACACUCUGCUUUUCGGACUCUUACCCUGGAAAAUUUGGACGCUGAAAGGAUAUGCGAAAGUCUCAAUUCUCCAGGCUCGCCGUUAGUCUUGUUUCAAUCGAAUGGAAGACACAGUGUCAUGUCUGUUCCCAGCCCUGGCAGCUGGAGACUGGAGUAUUAUAUUCAAACACAGACACUUCGAAUGGAAACCCUCCAGGGCUUGAAUGAAAACCAAUCGCUUGAAAAGGUCGUCUCAGUAUGCCAACUUUGGGACGUUUUAAGGUACUUGAUGGACAUGAAAAAGGUUGAAUCGGGAGAUAGCGAGGUCCCUUUCUGGGCAGGGUUCCUAGGAUAUUUCUCCUACGAGCUAGGACUGGCUUGUCUUGCGCAUCCCAAGGCCGAGGAUAGCUUACAAGAACAUUGCUGCACCAAAAGCAGCUCUUUCACAGAAGACCCUGCAGAUGUCAGUCUGUUAUGGACGGAUAGAAGUAUUGUGGUCGACAAUCAAACAGGACGAAUCACCGUACAGUCUACACGGGAGGAAGACAACCAACCAUCCGCAUGGUUGGAUGCAACUCUCCAAUAUCUUAAGGACCUUGCCGAAGUUGACCUACCCACAGCCGCUAAGAAUGUUGCAGCUGAUGCAGAAUUCUUGGAUCCUAUUUUGCGGCGAGGAAUAACCCAUUUUCCAGAUGAAGAGACAUACCUCAAACGGGUGGAGGCUUGCAAAGAUGAGCUCAGAGCGGGCGAAUCGUACGAAUUGUGUCUCACUGGCGAAACCUCGAUAACGUUACCUUCCCCAGAAACGACGGAAGGCCGCAGUAUGUUUCCUUGGAAGAUGUACAAACGGCUUUGGAAGUACAACCCUGCGGCAUUUAGUGCUUACGCAAAACUUGGAAAUGUCAAGAUCAUAAGCAGCAGUCCCGAAUGUUUUCUCAACUGGGACCGCGAGUCUACUCUUGAGAUGAAGCCAAUGAAAGGCACCGUGAGGAAAUCCGAUGAAAUGACGUUAGAGAAAGCUCGCCAGAUUUUGGGAUCGACGAAAGAGAUGGCUGAGAAUCUCAUGAUUGCGGAUCUCAUCCGACACGAUCUAUAUGGUAUCUGCGGAACCGGUGGUGUCCAUGUGGAGAAACUCCUUGAGGUAGAGGAUCAUGGACGAGUGUAUCAGAUGAUUACCCACGUCAAGGGAGUAGUGGACCAGCGCCGGCCUGGAUACGCCGCGAGGAGUAUGCCACGAUUACAAUCCCCCAACAUGUCUGUCUACGGACUUACAGCCUUGCAACGGUGCUUACCGCCAGGCUCGAUGACAGGUGCGCCGAAGGAACGAUCAUGUGUACACCUUUCGUCAAUCGAGGGUCGCAAGCGCGGGGUCUAUUCGGGCGUUAUGGGCUUUCUUGACCUAGGAGGCGGGGGGAGCUUUUCCGUGCUUAUCCGCACAGCUUUCACCUCUUCCGAUGACAACUCGCCGGUUCAAAAGUGGCGAAUCGGUGCCGGUGGUGCAGUCACCAUUCUGAGUACUGCCGAAGGGGAGUGGGAUGAGAUGCUCACCAAGUUACGAACUGUCUGUGGCAUUUUCACGCCUUUAGAUGCAAAAUCGUCUAAUGGAAAGUAA